CGACAGCUAUGUAUGUGAUGUGUAUGUGAAGUGCCUCCCUCUUUAGGAUAGGGCCCCGCCUCCUCAGCCACCAAGUCCGAUUGCACGCAGCACAGGAGUGCAAACAUGAAGCGUGCAUUGGUGUGUGUGCUGAUGGCUGCCUGGAGCCUUGGAUGUGGCAGCCAGACGGUGCACCAGCCAGCAGAGAAUGUGUACGCCAUGAAAGGCGGCUCAGUGACGCUGGACUGCAGCUAUGAAAAUUCUGGAGGCAACGACUACAUUUUGUGGUACAAACAGGACGGGCAGGUGGCACCAAAGUUCAUCAUGAGCCUCUCCAUCAGGAGUCAGGGCAAGACUGAGAGCAGCUUUGAAAAGAGGUUCAGCUGCAGCAUCAAUGACACCGCCAAGCGAGCUCCUCUGAAGAUCCAAGACGUGCAGCUGUGCGACUCUACUGUCUUCUACUGCGCCAUGCAGUCCACAAUGACUGACAGCUCUGCUGCACCCACACAAAAACCUCUAUCGUUCCAGACCGUCUGCUUAGUGUCGCCCUCACAGCCUGCUCUCCUUUGGUUCUCUCCCCCUGCUGUGAGGGCCUUCGUCUUUGGGAUUAGACCCCGCCUCCUCAGCCACCAAGUCAACAUGCACGGAGCCCAGGAGUGCAAACAUGAAGCCUGCAUUGGUGUGUGUGCUGAUGGCGGCCUGGAGCCUUGGAUGUGGCAGCCAGACGGUGCACCAGCCAGCAGAGAAUGUGUACGCCAUGAAAGGCGACUCAGUGACGCUGGACUGCAGCUAUGAAAAUUCUGGAGGAAACGACUACAUUUUGUGGUACAAACAGGACAAGCAGGCGGCACCAAAGUUCAUCAUGGGCAUCUUCACGAGGAGUCAGGGCAAGACUGAGAGCAGCUUUGAAAAGAGGUUCAGCUGCAGC